AUGUUAAACGCUUCAUUGUUGUUGUUGUCGCUGCUGCUCGCCAGCUCGCAGUUUAGCGUUGAAGAGUGGUUCUUGAUUCUUUUUGACAAUUUGACGCACUUGUCGCAGGCGGUGCAGGCGUCGCUGCUGGCGCACGAGCAGCUGCAGCAGCAGCGGAACUUGCAACAUGGACGCAGCAAGCGCGAGGUGAAGCGCGUCUGCUAUGGCGAGCUGGGCUGCUUCGAGGACUCCGGUCCGUUUGCCUAUCUGGAGAUGCUGCCCUCGCCGCCCGAGGAGAUCAACACCAAGUUCUAUUUCUACUCGACGCGCCAGCGCUCCGAUCAUCCGCUCAUGGAGCUCUCGUUUCUCAAUAUGACAGCGGCCUUUGCUCGCGCCAAGUCCAAGCGAGAGUCGGACACAACGAUGGACACGCCCACAACGAGUGCGCCCCUGCAGACGCAGCUGAAUGGCACGACGAGUCCCAAGAAGCCGCAGCCACCGUCCAUAGAUGAGCUCGAGGGAUUCGAUGAGCUCAGCGUGCGCGUCAUUGUCCAUGGCUUCGGCUCCGCCUGCCCCCAUGUCUGGAUCUACGAAAUGAAGACGGCGCUCAUGGCUGUUGAGGACUGCAUUGUGAUCUGCGUGGACUGGCAGAAUGGCGCCACCUUUCCGAACUAUGUGCGAGCUGCGGCGAAUACGCGACUCGUGGGCAAGCAGCUGGCCAUGCUGCUGCAGCAGCUGCAACAGCACAAGGGACUCAAUCUGAUGCGCACCCAUGUCAUUGGGUUCAGCUUGGGGGCGCAUGUGUCUGGAUUUGCGGGCGCCGAGCUGCCCGGAUUGUCGCGCAUUACGGGCCUGGAUCCGGCGGGUCCGCUGUUCGAGGCUCAGCAUCCCAAGGUGCGGCUGGACAGCAGCGAUGCGGAAUUUGUUGAUGUCAUACACUCGAACGGCGAGACGCUUAUACUGGGUGGACUCGGCUCCUGGCAGCCCAUGGGCCAUGUGGACUACUAUCCCAAUGGCGGACGUGUCCAAACGGGUUGCUCCAAUUUGUUUGUGGGCGCUGUAACGGAUUUCAUUUGGUCCGCCCAAGCAGCUGAGGAUGAGGAGGGUCGCUCGCUGUGCAACCACCGACGCGCCUACAAGUUCUUCAUCGACUCGGUGGCGCCACGUUGCAUGUUUCCCGCCUUUCCCUGCGCCAACUACGAUGACUUUCUGAAGGGCAAGUGCUUCCCGUGCGCCCAGGACGACGAGGACUUGGCCGAGGGCGUGCCACGCUGCGGCAACAUGGGCUACUAUGCGGACAGAUCGACGGGACGUGGGCAGCUCUACUUGCUGACGCGCGAGGAGGAGCCCUUCUGUGCGCAUCAGUUCCAGCUGCAGAUCUUCAACUCGUUCAACGAUUUGCCACUGCGCACGAUCGGACGCUUGGAGGCCAUACUCGAGGGCGAUGGCGGCCUCAACGAGACCUUUGCCAUAUCCGAAAAGGACGACUCGGAGUUCUUUGCUGGGGAUAUAGUGUCCAAGAUUAUUGUUCCGCAUCCGGCGUUGGGUUUCCCCACUACGCUCAGCUUGCACUACAAGUCGUACAGCGGCUGGCUGUCCAAGGGCCUGCCCCACUGGGACAUCGACAAGGUGGUGCUCACCGACAGCUUCGGACGCAGUCACUCGCUCUGUCGUCCGAGCACAAAGCUCAGCAGCGGCAAUCCAGUGCGCAUGCGUUUGCAGGCGGGCAACUGUGAGCUGGACAAUCAGCAGGACUACACCACCAUUACCAGCACCACCACCAGCAGCAGCAGCAGCAGCAGCAGCAGCAGCAGCAGCAGCGGGAGCAGCAGCACCGACGCGCCAGUGAGCGAUGCCAGCGUGCAGGAGUCGAUGCUGAGUGCCAGCGUCGAUGGCGUCGAGAGCGUCAAGCAGCGCAAGGACAUUUUCAAUUUGGGCACAAGCUUUAAGCUCGCGCAGAAUCAGACCUAUCCGCUGGAGCAGACGGAGCAGCAGCUGCCCUGGCAGCCCAUACUCAUUGGCAAUUCACUGGACAAAAGCGAAGCGGAGCCGGCAGAGUCCAGUCGCAGCUUGUCCGCCACCAACGAAAUCUUUGAGCCUGUGCUCAAGGAUCGACGCUUAGCUCUAAAUCGCGGCCGUCAGCUGCAGGAGGACAACAGCGCUGCCAGCACGCCGGAGAUUGUGGAACCGGUGCUCAAGGCCACAACGCCACGCAGCAAGCAGGCCAAGGAGCUGCAGCUCACAGCCGAAACUGAAGUCGAUAGCACCACCACCAUCGCCGCCGCCGCCACCGCCGCCACCGCCAGCAGCAGCGAGCAGGCCACACCACCCAAGCUGCUGGCACAAGCGCAACACUCGGGUAGCGGGCACGAGGUGCAGCUGCUGCCGUUUCGCCUGGGCGAGCUGCUGCAGCGCGCCGAGCGCUACGCUCGAGAGACGCUGCUGCCGCUGAUCUCGGUGCAGGCGCCACGCUUCUUUGGCUUCAAUGUAACGCCCGCCGAGCGGCCCAGCGGCGAGUCCAGAAAGCCACGCUAUAUACCGCGCUACGAGGAGGCAGCCUUUCGCAAUCACAGCUCGACGCGUCGCUCCUCGCCGCAGGCCAUGCGUCGCAAUCUCUUCAAGCUGCUGCGCUCCCAGAGCAAAGCGCAGCCUCAACCACAGCCGCAGCCCGCAGCAGCAGCAGCAGCAACUGCUGGCAAUGAGUUCAACUAUUAUACAAAUCAGCUGCUGGGCGAGUCGCGUGCCAUGCGUCCCGAGUCGCCCGAGUAUCGCGCUGUCUUCAUUGAGCUGCCCACGUAUCGUCCGCCCAGCGCCAGAGCGAGCGUCAACGCGUUGCCACGCACCCGACGGCAGCUGCUGCCCUGAUGAGCUACACUGAGGCAGUGGAUAAAUAAAUACACCUUGUGAUAUGAUUUUCAAUUGGCCCAGGGCUUGGCCUAGCUCACACACACACACACACACACACACACAUACACACAUUUAUAUAUAUAAGCCUAGCUCCUAGGACCUAAUG